AUACAAAGUAAGAUUUUAUCUCAAAAGAAAAUCUGGAGAAUAGCAAGGGAGUUCGUGAGAGCCUUCAAACUUCGAAGCAUUUUCAAUGACAACAUGGUGCACAUGUGUGGACUCGUUUGCGCAGCUUCAGAGAAGAGAAGAUGGAGGCCUUCAGCGAUAGGGUGGCGCGGGCCUUUGGUGCCCUUGGAGGGGCCAUGCCGUUGUCUGGGACUCAAACUUCAGGAACACCUCCCCAGACAGCUGCUGUCAUUGACGGUGACCGUACUUUUGUAUCCAGCACAGAAGCGAUCAGGCCCGUCACGGGAGACAACGCUGGCGUUUCUGAACCUGUUUCUGAUUGGCAGCUAGCUUCGUCCCGGGGGUUUGGUCUUGUUUCAAAAAGGAGGGAUGUGGUUCUACCUGGCCCUGAAAAGACUGCUGAUGGUGCACCGCUGUGGUCUGUCGCCCAGAAAGUUGAGCGCAAGAAACGGAUGUGGGAGGAGAUUGAGAGCAGCGAUGAUGAUGAGUUUGAUAAGAAGAGGAAGGGGGAGGUUUCAAAAGGACGAGAGGGGGAAGGGGAUGAAGAGGGGGACGGGGAUGCAGAGGGAGAGAUGGUGAGCUACGUUCCGCUGACAGAAGAGCCGGAGAACGCUGAGGAGGAAGGAGAGUGGGUGCGGCAGAUGAUUGGACAAGACGAUGCGCUUGACAAUGAGGAAGAAGAGGACGGCUACGACCGCAUGGCGGCCCCCACCGGGACAGAUCCUCUGGGUCGCAUGCACACGUCAGCAAUCGGCGAUGCGGACGAGCCGUUUGCAAAGCACGUCAGCUUCUCGCGCGGGCGCCGGGACCUGCGGGCCAACCGUGACGCCGCAGCGAAACGGCUGCAAGAGGACGACGAGGAACUAGAGCGGGCGAAGAUUGUGGAGCGCGGCGGAGCAGAGGAAACUUCAGGGCAGGCCCCCAGCAAGCCAGGCUCAACGAAAGCCCUAAAGCGAGCUGUGGAACUAGUUGGUCGGGAAAAUGAGGAGGCUGAGGAAAUGGAUGAAGGAAAGGGUGGGGUUUCGGAGCAGAGUGCGGAAGGUUCCAGGGAAGCUGGUACCAGGGAUGUGGAGUUUGACGAAGCAGCUUUUGAUGAUGCCGAAGCAAGCAAAGAGCGAGUUGGAGGUGAGGCUGGGAGCAAAGGAUGGGAGGAGAGUGGAUCGGAGGACGCUGUUGAGGAUUCUCCGGUGGAAGGAGUGUUGCCUUUUAGCUCCGCUUCUGAGGCAGGGCCGUCGAGAACCAACGGCUUGGAUGAGAAAGAACAGGGCGCUGCAGAUCUUGUAGAUGGGGCGGAGCCAAUUCCGGACGAACAACCGCUGAAUUUUCCAAACUACCGAAGCGGGUUCAUGUCAAACAACGUCAAACCCGCCCCCGCGGCUGGGGCGCUGAAACGGCCACCUGAGAAGCCGGGCAUCGAGGCAGACGAACCCCGGUCUAAGAAGCGGGUCCGUUUCACCGAGGAGGUUACCGACCGGGAUGAGCAGAGAGCCCGGGACAAGGAGACGGAAGAGGACUUGGGGAAACUCUUUAGGGGUGGCCCUGGGCGCGGGGCAGCGGGGGGAAGCUUACAGGGUUCAAGAGGCAGGGGGGUGGCAAACGGGGAGCGCUACGUGCCACCACACCGGCGGCCCGGGUAUGCUGCGCAGGCGAGCCGGGUUCCGGAUCAUGUACGGCAUCCAGAACGGUAUACGGUGUACACGCUGGACUGGUCGGACGAAGAGGACGAGCGGAAUAUGGACGGGACAGCGUCCGAAGCGAAGCAGAACGAAGGGGCUUUUCUAGCGGCAGUGGGGCGGCUCAAGGGGGAGAUUGGGAACAUCCGCUUUGAGGAAGCGGCGGAGAUGCCGCAAGCGGGGGGUGAGACUAACGGGGAUGUUUCUGUAGAAGCGGAGGGAGCUGAUGUGAGCGCGAUGGAGGGGGAGAGGUCGAACCUGCCUGUAAAGUUUGUAAAGCGGCGGAAAUGUGUCGCUGAGAAGGAUGUAGAUAGUGCAAAGGGCAAUGAAAGAGGGGUUAAGGAUGAAGAGAACGGUGCAGGUGCGCCGAAGCCUCAGAUACCGAUCGCCGCUAGCAUAGAGGAGCUGACGCAGUCGCUGUAUAAUGACGAGGAAGAUAAUGAGAUGAGCGAGUCAGUGGGGGCUGAAGGCAAUGGUGAGCUUCGGGGCUUCAGGAAGAAAAGCAAUGGUGAAAGGCCGAACAAGAGAUAUCGCGUGCGUGCCGCUGAUGAAGACGGAUAGCUCAGGAAGUAGCUUGCUCUUUCAUCGAUCCGGUUGCACACUAUGAAAACAUUGAGUGUGUCUGCACAAUUGCACGCUGACAUGGGCACCAUGACAUCGAUAGAAUGGUAGGAGGCAGGACCUUUUGUCCGAGUGGGAACAGUCUAGAUGUGCAACCUGCGCAAACGCGCUAGCCUAUACUAACUUCGAACACAUCAGGACGGUAAUAUGCGGCCAUUCAGAGGCGACUAACGAUCAUUCGACCGGUG